GCUGAACUUGAUUGAGGACGUCGGACUGCGUUCGCGCGGUGAUUGAUGCUAACAUCAGUGGCUACAAUUUGGCACGGAGGUCUCACGUCUAAAGAUAUAACGCUGGCCCAGUGCCCAAUAAGAGUACGAAACAGCCAGCCAACCGCCAUAGGAUCCUGCGUAGAGCCGUACGUGAACGUCGCUCGUCCUAUCUCGAGUAUCCAUGUUGCCUUCUGCCAAUCUUGGUCCGUCACAAGAUGGUCCAUUUAGCCUGGGAGCAUUCGCGAUUGACGAAUACAAUCCUAUCAAAGUGGUAGUCAUCGGCGCUGGAUUUAGCGGUAUCGCAGCCGCGAUUAGAUUUCCUCAGAGAGUGCCUAACCUAGAUUUGACCGUCUAUGAUCAAAAUGCAGGAGUAGGAGGGACUUGGUACUCAAACAAGUACCCCGGACUGGCAUGCGACAUUCCUUCUCACUGUUAUCAAUAUACCUUUGAGAAUAAGACCGACUGGUCUAGCUUCUAUUCUACUGGAUCUGAGAUUCGGUCUUACCUGGAGUCCGUGGUCGAUAAGUACAAGCUUAUGCGCUAUAUUAAGCUCAGCCACCGACUCAUCCGAGCGCAAUACGACGAGCCUUCUGGAAAAUGGCGUCUCCGCAUUCGUCGCCCUGCUAGCCAGGGCAGCAGUCCCUCAACAGACCUCGAAGAGUUCGAAGAGUUCGAUGACACUGCCGAUAUCCUCUUCAUGGGGGUUGGAUCCCUGAGUCGGUGGGGUUGGCCCGACAUCUCAGGCCUGCACGACUUCAAAGGGUCGCUGUUCCACACAGCUAAUUUUGACAUCGGGGAGCAAACGUGGCAAGAGGCAACACAAAAGUGGAAGGACAAGCGCGUUGGCGUUAUUGGCGUGGGAUCUAGCGCUAUCCAGGUUGUGCCGGCCCUGCAGCCCCAUGUCGCCCAUAUUGUCAAUUAUGUGAAAGGCAAGACAUGGAUAUCCGUGCCAUUUGGCAGCGAUAAGCUUAGCGAGCUGCUCCAUCGAGACCCCAACGAGGAGAACUACAUCUUCACGGACGAGGACAAGGCACGCUUCGCGGAUCCCGAAUACUACAAACGCUUUCGGCAUGCGCUUGACACGGAGCUCAAUGCAGUGUACCAGUGUGGUCUCAAAGACUCUGCAAUGCAGCGGGGAGCGCGUGCUGCUUUCCGAGAGCACAUGCAGAAGGCGCUUUCAAAAAAGCCGUGGAUAGCAGAUGACUUGAUACCCGACUAUGCAGUAGCAUGCCGGAGGUUGACCUGUGGACCCGGCUACCUCCGUGCCCUGUGCGAAGAUAACGUCGACUUUGUCACUACACACAUCAAACGCAUUACGAGCAGCGGGAUAGAGACGGUUGACGGAAGACACGAAGAACUCGAUGUCAUAAUCUGUGCAACGGGAUACGAUUACAGCUUUCAGCUUGACUUCCCGGUUAUCGGACGGGGUGGCGUUUCUCUUCAAGAAAAGUGGACUCCGCAUCCCUCAACAUAUCUUGCCAUCUGUACCGACGGUUUCCCGAACUACUUCAUGGCAUUUGGCCCCAGCUCCAGCCUUGCCUCCGGUUCCUUGGUCGUGCUGAUUGAGCGCCAGGUGGAUUACGCAGUCGAGGCGACCAAGAAGCUACAGAGGGAGCGACUCAAGAGCAUUGAAGUAAAGAAAGCUGCCGUGCAAGACUUUGACGAAUACCUGGAGCAUUACUUCCCGAAGACCGUCCAUAGCGAGAAAUGCCGUUCGUGGUACAAGAUGGGCAAGGAAGACGGGAGGGUUGUUGCCCUUUGGCCAGGUUCGGCUCUGCAUGCACUCCGCGCCCUUGAAUUUCCGCGGUGGGAAGAUUACAACUAUGAGCUUGCCGAUGGCGCGCAAAAUCGGAUGCGCUGGCUCGGGGACGGACAGACAUACAACGAGAAAAUGAUGAAGGGAGAUCGUGCAUGGUUUUUGAACGAUGACGAAAUAGACGUUCCACCAGGGUGAUAUCUUUUGCAAGUUCUCUCGCCGCUGUCCUUUAAUCAAGUGUUACAUACCUCAUAAUGCCACCAAGGGAAGGUAUAUUUAGAUGCUAGAUACAGUGCGAAUCAAAGGAACGAGGCAUCCAUUGCGUACUUUAGGAACCUCAAAUGUCAGCGUGUUGCCCCAUGCUGAGAUUGUACGCAUCAUUUAGCCACCGAGAGCUUGUGUACUGGUUGGUAUCACGCAGACAUUUGCCCC